UCAUCUUCAAGACACACAUUCAGUAUCAACAGUCCGACGUAUCAGGCAGAGACCUCUUGGAAACUGGAAGACUUCACUUCAGGGGUGACGUGUAAAACAUUCACACCCGAGCAAGAUGCCCACAGACUGAGUCCAACUGUGACAUACACAUCGCAGGCCUCGCCUUUCAGCCCGUUAAGUGCAGGGGCCUCUUAUUACUCCCCAUCUCAGUCAUCCCCAUCGCACAGCGUCACACAUUCACCCCGCCAGUCAUCAUUGACGUGUUCACCUGCAUCCAGCAGUGACAGUCCGAACUGGUCACUCGCCAGCUCUGAAAGCACCAGCCUGGCACAUUCCAACAGAAGUUUCAGCCCCACGUACCACUCGCCGAACCGUUCACCGGCGUCGCCUGGUUAUCAGAACCAGUUCAGUCCUCUCAGCAAUUCUUUUCCAUCUUCUCCCAGCUUGCUUUUUGAUGAGCGGGAGCCAGAGAGCCCAGUCUUCAACUCACAGAUGUCUCUGUUGGGUCAGACGGCCAGCCAAGAUUAUGCAACUCCCCCAGGAGAAAGGUCACAAAACAGAACUGAAAAUGACUUAUACCAUUCUCAAGACGACUGUUGGGUUGAUUCAUCUACAAGCAGCUCAAAGUUCCAGGUAGUUCCACUCAAGACUGACUUUAGCAUGCUUGUCAACCCGGUGUAUUCUGCUUCAGAGGAUGAGGAGGAUGAAUCUGAA